AUGGCUAUAACCCCAACUACCUCGAAACGCCGUGUGAGGCACUCUCUUCCCGCGGUCCUGAUGCGAGCCGGCACAUCCAAAGGCCUCUUUAUUCACCGGUCCCACCUACCGCCAUCGCAAGAUGAGUGGGCAACACCCCUCCUCGCCGCAAUGGGCUCGAGAAACAACGACGCUCGCCAGAUCGACGGCGUUGGAGGCGGAAGUAGCGUGACCUCCAAAGUUGCUGUCGUCGCCCCGUCGAGCCGACCAGGUGUUGAUGUUGAAUACACCUUCGUCCAGGUUGCCGUUGGAAGCGAGACCGUCGAUCUCAGUGGCAACUGCGGCAACAUUUGUUCAGGGGUUGGUCCCUUUGCCGUGCAAGAGCGGUUGGUGACGCCGAUGCCGGGGGCGCGGGCAGUGGACGUGAAGAUCUUCAAUACCAACACUUCAAAGCUCAUCGUCGAGACCGUGUAUCUCGAUGAGGAUGGAAACGUGGAGGAAGACGGUGACUGCAUCAUUCCUGGCGUGAAGGGUGCUGGCAGCGAGAUCAAGGUUGCGUUUGUCGAGCCAGUGGGAAGUAUGACUGGCAAGUUGUUCCCUAGCGGAGAGCGGCUUGAGAGGAUUGUCGUGGAAGAGAUGGUGACUUUGGGAGACUUUGCUGUGGAUGUUACACUCAUCGACUCGGCGAACCCGUUUGUCCUUGUUGAUGCCCAAAGUCUGCCCGUUGCGCUCAGGGAGCAGCCGGCCGAUUCCCCGCUAGCUCUCGAGGUCGCCGAGGCCAUCCGAAGGCGGGGAGCUGUUCGGAUGGGCCUCGCCAGCACCAUCGAGGCCGCCGGUCUGGUCAGGGGAACGCCGAAGCUUGCAUAUGUUUCACGCCAACCGAACGGUGGGGUGGCCAAAGAAGCAGUGGAUAUUCGAGUUCAAGCUUACAGCAUGGGUAAGCCUCAUCCCAGUUUACAGCUCACGGGUGGCGUCACCCUUGCGAGCGCCGUGAUCAAGGAGGGAACGGUAGCGCAUCGCAUCGUGUGUAAGGAGCCGACUCUACACACGGAGGGCAUACCGACACCAAGAAGAACGCCAAGUCCGGUGGAGGGCGCGGUCAAGUUGCCGACGGAGGACAUCCUCGGCCGCUCACUUGUUGACGAAUACAAGGCAGGCCGAAUUGUUCGAAUUCAGCAUGGUAGUGGGAUCAUGGAUGUGGAAGUCUGGACCCACGAAGAUGAAGAGGGGGCAGUGGUUGAUCAAUGCGUCGUAACGAGGACCGCACGACGGCUCUUCGAGGGCAAUGUUCUAUAUUACUCCUGA